CCACAUUUCUUACUUUAAUCACUCUCUGUUCCCCUCCCCCCUGUCCACCUGCACCCUCAUCUCCCUCCAUACCCCACCCUUCACUCUGCAGUGCUACGGACCGAUCAUGGGUGACUGGAGCUUUCUGGGUAAUAUUUUAGAGGAAGUUAAUGAGCACUCUACGGUGAUCGGCCGGGUGUGGCUCACGGUGCUCUUCAUCUUCCGUAUCCUCAUCCUGGGCACAGCUGCGGAGUUUGUGUGGGGUGAUGAGCAGUCUGACUAUGUCUGCAACACACAGCAGCCUGGAUGUGAGAACGUGUGCUACGACGAGGCCUUCCCCAUCUCCCACAUCCGCCUGUGGGUGUUGCAGAUCAUCUUUGUGUCCACACCUUCUCUGGUGUAUGUGGGUCACGCCGUGCAUCACGUCCACAUGGAGGAGAAGCGCAAGGAGCGUGAGGAGGCAGAACUUAGCCGGCAGCAGGAGCUGAGCGAGGAGCGUCUCCCACUGGCACCCGAUCAGGGAAGUGUCCGUACCACUAAAGAGACCAGCACAAAAGGAAGCAAGAAGUUCCGGCUGGAGGGCACUCUGCUGAGGACCUACAUCUGCCACAUCAUCUUCAAGACACUGUUUGAGGUGGGCUUUGUGGUGGGCCAGUAUUUCCUGUACGGCUUCCGCAUCCUGCCACUGUACAAAUGUAGCCGCUGGCCCUGCCCCAACACAGUGGACUGCUUUGUGUCACGCCCCACAGAGAAGACUGUCUUCAUCAUCUUCAUGCUCGCUGUGGCCUGCGUCUCACUCUUCCUCAACUUUGUGGAGAUCAGUCACCUCGGCCUGAAGAAGAUUCGAUUCGUCUUUCGUAAGCCAGCACCGGCUCAAGUUGAAGGCUCAGCGCCACUGCCGCCACAAGGGAAAACCCUGCCCCCCCUGGCUGUGUCCUCGCUGCAGAGAGCAAAAGGUUACAGCAGGCUGCUGGAGGAGGAGAAAGCUCCCACAGUAACUCACCUCUACCCUCUCACUGAGGUGGGCAUGGAAGCUGGCAGAGUGACACCCCUCUUCCAGGAGCUGGAGGAGAAGGCGCAGGAGGUGCUGCCCAUGGAGCACAUCUCCAAAGUGUAUGAUGAGACUCUACCCUCUUACGCCCAAACCACUGAGACAAGUAGGAUGGCACUACACGAGGAGGAGGCACAGGAGGUUCAACCAGCUGAGGCAGUGCGAGUGGAGGAAGCUGUGGAUGAGGAUGUGGAGGUAGAGGAGGCUGUGAACAGGGAGGGUGUAACUCCAGUGGGGGCAGGGAUGGAGGCUGCAGAUACGAUAGAAGACACCAGACCGCUGAGCCGACUGAGCAAAGCCAGCAGCAGGGCCAGUAAGGCACUGACUUUCAUUCCCACAGACGGUGACAUACUGCACAUGCAGCAUGUGGCUGCAAACGCUGCGGGUGCUAUGGAAGACUUUUAUGGACAUUUCAGCAACAAAAGGACAUUGUCCCUGAUAUGUUGCAUGUUCUGGAUUUCUUCACAUGCAGAUGCAGAUGUCAAAACCAUCUCAGCGGAGGUGGGCACCAAUGUGACCCUGGACUGUAAUGUGCCAAACGGCACACUCAACCAGCUCACAUGGAGCAAAGAUGGAGAUCAUCUCAUCAGCUACAAUCUGGAAAGAAAACUGUACAUCAGCGAAGCAGCUAAGAGCCUUGAGAUAAACCUAUCUCCGUCAGAGAACCAUCUUUACACACUUGUCAUAGACAGCGCCCACAAGAAUCACACAGGAAACUACACUUGUGACAUCACCUUGUUCGAAGGAGUGUGGGAUCAGAAGUGGGAACUGAUAAUUAAGAGCCCAAGAGAGCACAAUGAAAGUGGACACUGGAAACAGAUAUUAAUCCCUGUGGCAACAGCUGUUCCGAUCGCAUCUCUCCUGAUCUUUACAUUUUCUUUUAUUCUUGUGCAAAGAAUCUACAAUCAGCAUUCAGAACAAAGGCGUCAGCCUCCCAUGACAGGAAUGUGGCAGGAGGAAACGGGGGAGCACAUAUACGAGAACAGCCUAGAAAUUAAUGUGAGUCAGCCAAGCAGUUAUCACUACAAGCCCAGAGGUCACUGAUUUUAAGUUCACUUGAGAAACUGUAAAUGGAUGGAGAAACCAAACGAAAUGAAGCAGAAGAGUCAAGGGAUAACUCAAUGUGGAUUUGUUGGAUCUACUCUUAAAGGAAUGAGCGCUUUAUAUUUAUGAUCUUCUCUACUGAGGCCAUCAUGUUAAACUGCCAUGCUGUUUUUGCUGGGCAAACUAAAUUACUCCUGAGUUUAAAUGCUAAAUAAAGACUGCCAUAGGUUUCCUUUCAUGCUUGGAGGGGACAAGAAUCUGCAACACGCAAAUUCAGGCGUACUAUGCGUGGCGUCACCAGACUGCUGGCCACUGAUUGGUCAGAGUGCCGUCACAUAGUGGUGGUCAUUAGAGAAAUGUUUGAAGAUACUGUGUGAGUCCAGGAAACACAGAUAAGCUGUACCUAUCUUUAUAUAAUAUAACCUACCUAUAAAACCCACAUAUCUUUUACUAUGUUUGAUCUAGUGACUCAGGUAACAGCAAUAAAGAAGGCAAAUCAACCCUU